AUGGAACGCAUGUGCUGGGGGGGGCUCAUGCUCCACAAUUUCUCCGGCUGCGACCAGUUCUGCGACAAGUGCCGCCGCGACGGCAUCUGCUUCCCGACCAGCCGGAUCCGCUGCCUCAAGCCUGGCUACGACAAGCUGGAGAACGACCACACCCCGGGCGUGUGGAACCACAGCACCGGGCCCCUCCCCGCCUACCGCGUCGUCAACUGCACCUCCCGCUGCACCGGCCCAAAAGUCGUGCUCUUCGACCAGCAGCCGACCGACGCACAGCUCGCCGCGUACAGCGACGUCCAGUUCGAGGAGGUGCCGCGCGAGUACAAGUGGGACGGGGAGUGGGUGUACCUGCUCGUCUCCAAGGGCACGCUCGUCCUCUCCACCUCCAUCUCCCACCCCCCCAUGACGGUCGACGCCGGCUGCGCCAUCCCGCACGCGCCGCCGCCGCACGCCGCCAUGCUCCACCUGCCCGCCGGCCUCGUGCACCGGCAGAGCCCGGGGGUGGCAGAGCAGCUCCAGAGCCCGGGGGUCGACUCGCUGGAGCUGCUCGAGACGGCGCGGGCGGCGGGGAGCAUCGAGAUGCACGCCUCUCUACGUGUGCGGGUGUAA